AUGAACAUGCAAUCUCAGCCAGGUCUAUUUCGCCAGCCUGCUCAAAUGGGCAUGCAAGGCUUCGGCAGUAAUUUUUCCUCAUCAUUCCAGCCUACAUCUCAGCCUUUUGCUUCAAAUUUCAACGCUCCUCCACAAGGAGGUUUUGGAGUUCCUUCUGCAAUGCCAGCGUCAGUCCCUACAACCUCCUUUAUGACGCCUGGCUUUAGCCAAGGCACUUUUGGUGCAAACCCUGUCCAGCAACCCACUCAAUUUUCUCAGUCUUCAGUUCCAGGCUUUGGAAAUCAGCAAUCAUUUGGUAUGCAGACAGCCCCAACAUUCCCAAAUAACACUAUGGGAUUUUCUCAGCCUAUGACAAGUCCUAUGGGAACUUUUCAAACUGGUUACCAACAAAUGCCGAUGGGAAAUAUGAUGAAUCAAGGCAAAGGAUCACUGAUGAGCAAAUAUCGACCUACCGCUAUUAGAGAUGAUGCUGGGGCGAAUAUAAAUGUAGCGCAUAUUACUGCAAUACAAGAAUAUCAGUCAAAGACGACUGAAGAAUUAAGAUUUGAAGAUUAUAAAUGUAAUGAUGGCCAUAAGAGAAAUACUCAGGCUGGUAUGACAUCAAUGAUGGGGCAGCCUACACCUUCAUUUUCAGGACAAACUGGACUAUUUGGAGCGACCUCAACACCUAUGCAAAAUAACGCUGCGUUGCCAAAUUUUGGAGGAAAUAAUCAGCAAAACCAAUGGAAACCUCCAACAACUACACUUUUUGGGAAUAACACUAUGAUGCCUAAUCAACAGACACCUGGACAGUCUACAUUGUUUAGGCCUACAACAGCUCCAAAUACAUUGGCAGCGCCUGCUUCUGGAACUUCUUUAUUUGGUGGUGGAGGAAACCCAUUUGGCCAGCCUCAAGCUCAGCCUCCUCAGCAGUCCUCAUCAUUAUUCCCUCAGUCAAAUUCACUUUUCUCACAAAAUCCACAGCAAGGCCAACAGUCUUUAUUUAACCCAGCGACAAAUAUACUAGAUUUCAUUAAUUUUUUCAGCUAAUUUUUAAAUAUAUGCUGUAAAUUAAUAACCUAAAAAUAAUUAAAAAUGGUAUAUAAUGAACCCAAAUAAUCAGUCACCAAAUAGAUCUUUAUUUGGAAAUAACAGCCUAACCCCAGGUCAGCCUGCUUUUAACCAGCAGCCUGCACAGCCUGGUUCUUUAUUUGGAGGAGCUACAAGCCAGCCUCAAACCUCAUUAUUUUCAGCAACUCCUCAGCAAAGUAACUUAGGCGCAACACAGCCAAAUUCUCUAUUUGGAGGAGCUACAUCUAAUAGUCUCUUUGGAGGAGCUUCUACAAGCCAAUUAGGUGGAACUUUAUUCAAUAAUAGCCAGCAGCCUGGCUCUCAGCCUUCAUUCUUUUCUCAGCCUCAACAAGCUCAAAGCAGCUUAUUUGGUGGGUCACAGCCUAUGGGCGGAGGAAGCCUUUUUGCAAAUACCCAAAAACCAGGAUACUUUGGAGCUCCAACUCAACCUGGGAUGUUUGGCCAAUCUCAGAUUCCUCCACAGAUGGAAACAAUUUUAACUGCAUCAAAAGACCCUCAUGGGCUGUCUUUACUUUUCCCUGGAAAAUCCCCAGAUAGCCUUCUGGAUGAGUACAAGAAAAAUAUGGCUUCUAUUCAGCAGCAGCCUGAGCAUAAAAGUAUAAUUAACCGUGCAUCGUCUAUUCUUUAUUAAAUAAUUUGCUUAUUUUUAUAUAAAUUAUUUUCUAUUUUUAUAUAUAAAAUAGCAAUUUUUUAUUUUUUUAAAAAAUAAAUAAUAGGAAAAUACUGUAUACACCAAAAAUUAACUAUGAUUUGGGUAAUGACAAUUGGAGACAAAAUUUAGAAAAAAAAUCAUAUACACCUUCAAAAAAAUCUGAGCCAUUUGGAUUACUAUCAAUUCCAAGCAAGGAAAGAUUUAUCAUCACAAAGAGACCAUCUUUUGAAGGAGUCAAGCUUGAAGAAUAUCAUGACGAAGACAAUACAAAAUAUUUCAAAGUAUUCUUUUUUAUAAUAAAUAUACACUUUCAAUUUAUUUUUAUCUUAAUUCAAUAUAAAUAGAUAUAGUUUCCCCUACCCCAAGCACAGUAAGACAUGUCAAUACAACUGAAAUCUUGGUAGUCGCUUAUAACCCAUUUCCAAUAAGAAUGACAAUUCCAGUCGCUUCUAAAACUUCAAUAAAAGAAAUCAGGUAUCAAGUCUCAAAACACCUUGAAGGAAUCGAAGAAUCUAGAAUUCAAUUAGUUUUUAAAUCAAAAAUACUACAAGACUCUGAUACAGUAAAAUCUCUCAGCAUGGUCCAUCAUGAUGUAAUCGACGUUAUAGUCACCCAAGACCCACAAGAUUCCAAGCAAAAAUUAGCUCCAGCAGAACAGCUGCCAAAACUAACGAAAAAUAAUUACUCCACAAAACCUUCAAUUAUAGAAUUGGCAAGAAUGACUAGUGAUGAGCUUAAAAGAAUCAAAAACUUUACUGUAGAAAAUGAGUAUGGAAAAAUCGUGUUUGAAGGGGAAACAAGUGUGAUAGGACUGGAUUUAGAUAAGCUUGUAGAUAUAAAACAGAGCGAGGUUACUGUUUAUCCGGAUGAUUCUGAUGAAAAUAAGCCAAAAAUUGGGGAAGGACUCAAUAAGCCAGCGACUGUGUAUUUAUUUAACUGUAUGACGAAGAAGGAGGUGCCAGAUAAUAUUUUUGUACAGAAGCUUAAAAAACUGGGAGAGCGAGACGGGAGUGAAUUUGUCAGCUGGGACUCAAAUUCCAAGAUAUGGGUGUUUAAAGUCAAACAUUUUUAA